UGAAGCACAACUUUGAAAGAAGAAAAAUGUAGAUUCAGUUCAGUCAUAAUCUUCAUCUUCUUCAAUCUCCUCUUCUUCUUCCCUUUAAAUUUUCCAAACUUUCAAACUCAUUUAAAUCUUAUCGAAUUCUAUUUCAGUUCAAUUAUCAUCUUAUUGAGAGAGUGGGUAUCUAAAUUCACCAACACACAACAAAUAAAUUCAGUUCAACUUAUAAUUCAAUUUCUCCAAUCCAUUUUUAAAUUUUACGAAGAAACCAGAAAACUAAGUAUUUAAAUCUUUGUAAUUUUGGUUUGAUUUUUCUAUCUCAGAAUAUUUUUGGGACCCAAUUGCACUCACAUGUUGACUCUACAAACAAACAAAAUCCCACUAUUAGAUUGGGUAAAUUGGGUCCAUUAUCCAUAUCCAGAAGCAUCAAAUUAUGGAUCCAAAUACUCCUACAAGUAGAUAAACUUACCCACUACCCAGUGGCCGGAAACCUGUAAGUAAUCAUGGCUGGGCGAGCCCAUAUUUGCCAAUGCUUGAACCGCCUUUCAACUCUUAGGCGUAAUUCAACGGUGACUAUUGCCAGUAAACGCCGUAAAACGGGUCAGCAAUUCGUAGAAUCCGUGUUGGGUCUUGCUCAUAAGCUUUCACAGUUGGGACUUUCUUCUGGUCAUGUUGUUGCCAUUUGUGCUUAUAACAGUGAUUGGUAUUUGGAAUGGCUGCUUGCUGUUGCUUAUGUUGGUGGGAUAAUUGCUCCUCUCAAUUAUCGUUGGAGCAAAGAGGAGGCAAGAGUGGCAUUGGAAGUCAUCCAACCAGCGAUGAUUGUCACUGAUGAAAGUUGCACUUGGUUGUCAGAAUUGCAAAAUGGUACCAUUUUUUCUCCAAAGUGGCUUGCUUCGAUUGGAUUUCAUCACUCAACGUCAAAUGGCAUACAUGAUUUGGAGAGGUCAUUGCUAAAGCUUCAAUCUAUCAAAUACUGUUGGGCAUCUGAGGAUGUGGUUAUCAUAUGCUUCACUUCAGGGUCUACGGGCAAACCAAAAGGAGUUGCAAUAAGCCAUACCUCCUUGAUCAUGCAAUCCUUGGCAAAGAUCGCUGUUGUCAAUUAUACAGAAGAUGAUGUUUAUUUCCACACUGUCCCACUGUGUCACAUAGGUGGAAUAUCCUCGUGCUUAGCCAUACUAAUGGUUGGAGGAUGUCAUGUAUUGAUACCGAAAUUUGACGUUAAAAUGGCAGUAGAAGCCUUAGAAGAAAGCCAUGUAACUUCAUUUAUAACUGUUCCAGCAAUACUAGCUUCUCUGCUUGCUAUGAUAAGGCAUAAUGAACCGAGGAAAUCAUACUCGAGUGUAAAGAAGAUAUUAAACGGUGGUGGGAGUCUUUCUGCUGAACUUGUUGAAGAUGCCAUAAGAUAUUUUCAUACAGCCAAGCUUCUCUCUGCUUACGGUAUGACUGAGACAUGCUCGUCCCUUACUUUCCUCACCCUCUAUGAUCCGGUCGUUUAUAAUCUAAACCAGCAUUCACAGAAAAUAAAGGGAACUAUAUCCAACUCUUUACACCCAAUUGGAGGUAUCUGUGUUGGAAAGCCAGCACCUCAUGUCGAGAUACUGAUAGAACAAGAAGAAUCCUCUCGUGUAGGGAGAAUUAUGACUCGUGGGCCCCAUGUUAUGAUUCGCUAUUGGGGUCAAAUUGAUACAUUAGAGAUUGACUCGGGUGCAGAGUGGUUUGACACCGGUGAUAGUGGACAUAUUGAUGCUCAUGGAAAUUUGUGGCUUGUUGGUCGUCAGAAUUGUCGUAUUAAAAGUGGAGGAGAGAAUGUGUAUCCAGAAGAGGUGGAGCUUGUGUUAGGGCAACAUCCGGGAAUUUCAUCUGUGGUGGUCAUUGGACUCCAACAUACACACCUAGGUGAAAUGGUUGUCGCUUGUGUUCGGAUAAGGGAAAACUGGAAAUGGGUAGACGUGGACGCUGAGUUACAAAGCAACGUGGAAUGGAACUUAUCAAGUCACGUCCUCAAGGAGCAUUGUCGACGAAAAGGCUUAACAGGGUUUAAGAUACCAAAAACAUAUCUAAUUUGGAGGGAGCCUUUCCCACUUACAAGCACCGGGAAACUCAAGCGAGACGAAAUUAAGGCAGCUGCAAUGUUGCAUCUACGACCUUUGUUUUCUCAUUUAUGAACUGAAACGCUUUCCAGAGUCUCCCGAGCCCUGAUGCAAUCAACAUUUUUUAUGCAUAAAGGAUCCAGGCAUUGUACAACAUUUUUGCUAAGAUGGGGUUGAUAACAGAAGUGGGAUACCAAUAACUAACUCUAAAAGUCUUGGCAUAUGUUGGCCAAGUUUGGUAAUCUGUGAUCAAUUUUGUAUUGAUUUGUUACAUUUUCUUUCAUACUUUUGAGAGUAAUACUGAAAUUUGAUGACAGAAGAUGUAAUAAUAUUAUGUACUAUCUACAAUUCUUCCAUUCAAA